AUGGCUAAUAAGUUUGAUCGCAAAGCUGAUGAAAAGUUGGUGUUCGAAACGAGUGAGGAUGUUAAGGUGGUACCCACAUUUGACUCAAUUGGUCUGAAAGAAGAUCUUUUAAGAGGAAUCUAUGCAUACACAAUUCAGCAAAGAGCGAUUGUUCCAAUCAUGAAGGGACGCGACGUUAUUGCGCAAGCACAAUCUGGUACUGGUAAAACAGCAACCUUUUCGAUUUCUAUUCUUCAAUGUAUAGAUACUACGAUCAGAGAAACCCAAGCACUUGUUCUAUCACCGACAAGAGAAUUAGCCACUCAAAUACAAAGUGUCAUUUUAGCACUUGGAGAUUAUAUGAAUGUUCAAUGUCAUGCCUGCAUUGGAGGUACUAGUAUUGGAGAAGAUAUUCGAAAGUUAGAUUAUGGACAACACGUUGUAUCAGGAACACCUGGUCGAGUUUUUGAUAUGAUUCGACGUCGUAAUUUACGAACUCGACAUAUAAAAAUGCUUGUAUUAGAUGAAGCCGAUGAAUUACUUAAUAAGGGAUUCAAAGAUCAAAUAUAUGAUGUUUAUCGUUACCUUCCACCUAAUACACAAGUUAUUUUAUUAAGUGCUACAUUACCAUAUGAUGUUCUCGAAAUGACUACAAAGUUUAUGACUGAACCGAUUCGUAUAUUAGUUAAACGUGAUGAAUUGACAUUGGAAGGAAUCAAACAAUUCUUCGUAGCUGUUGAGAAGGAAGAUUGGAAGUUUGAUACCCUUUGCGAUUUAUAUGAUACGUUGACAAUUACACAAGCAGUUAUUUUUUGUAAUACACGUCGAAAGGUUGAUUGGUUAACUGAAAAAAUGCGAGAAGCUAAUUUUACAGUUUCAUCAAUGCAUGGAGAUAUGCCACAAAAAGAACGAGAUGCGAUUAUGCAAGAGUUCCGUCAAGGCGCAAGUCGCGUUUUAAUCACUACGGAUGUUUGGGCUCGCGGAAUUGAUGUUCAACAAGUUUCAUUAGUCAUAAAUUAUGACCUUCCCAGCAAUCGUGAAUUAUAUAUUCAUCGUAUAGGUCGUUCAGGUCGUUUCGGAAGAAAAGGUGUUGCUAUUAACUUUGUCACUUCAGAAGAUGUGAGAAUUUUACGCGAUAUUGAACAGUAUUACAGUACCCAAAUAGAUGAAAUGCCCAUGAAUGUAUCGGAUUUGCUUUAG